CAUCAUUGUUAGAACCAUCUUACUCGACCUUCACCCGAUCUGUCAUACUCAUUAUACAGAAGCCCUUACAAUGGCGACCCUUGAUUCUUAUGACUUCAUUGUCUGUGGAGGUGGCACCACCGGUUGUGUCGUGGCCGCACGGCUCGCCGAAAAUCCUGACACCAAGGUCCUUGUGAUUGAGGCUGGUCAACACAAUGAGAACCUGGAGACCGUACACAUGGUUGGAGGUUGGUCUAAGAACUUCGACAAGGAGACGGAUUGGAACGUCGUUUCUGAGAAGCAAGCUGCUGCGAACGACCGCCAGGUGAAGUUGAGCCGUGGCAAGUUCCUCGGUGGCUGUUCUGGCUGCAACGGCACACUAUGCAUCCGCGGUGUGAAGCAGGACUAUGACGAUUGGGAGCUUCCAGGCUGGAGCGGUGAAGAAGUCUUUGCCUACAUUAACAAGGCCGAAACUUUCCAUGGCAAGCCCUGGUUCAAGGAAUCUAAGGAAGAUCAUGGAAGCAGUGGUCAUCUCCACACAGAGCCUCAUGACCUUGCCCCCAUCUCCAAUCUCGUCAGAGACUCGAUGGUGUCCAAGGGACUUCCCCUAGACCCGGACAUGUUCUCUCAUGGAAACACACCCCACGGGUGUGGACAUGCCGUGAGAACCGUCUACCAAGGCAUUCGCACUACUGGAGCAGACUUUGUCACAAAGACGCCAAGGGACAAUAUCCAUCUCAUGGUCGAGACCCACGUAGAUAAGGUGCUUUUCGACAUAAAUGAGGAUGGCGAGUUCAUCGCUGCCGGAGUCAGGGCUGUCAAAUCAGACGGUACCGUGGUCGAGGUGAAGGCCAAGAAGGAGGUCAUUGUCUCUGGUGGAGCGUACUGCAGCCCGAAUAUCCUGAACCGCAGUGGAAUUGGAGCCAAGGGUGAGCUCGAGAAGCAUGGCAUCCCCACUCUUAUCGAUCUUCCUGGAGUGGGCAGGAAUCUGCAAGAUCAUCUGAUCGUCUUCAUGUUUUACGAGACGGAGAAGGAGGGCCUCACAAAGGAUCACCAGGUCUAUCAUGGAGACGCCUUGGCCAAGUCGUACGCACUCUGGAAGGAACAGAAGACCGGGUUCCUGUCGUCUUUCCCCUUUGGCAUCUUUGCCUUUGCUCGUCUGGAUGAGCGGCUUGCCGACUCAGAGCUGUGGAAGUCGGCUCCUCGAAAGGAAGGCCGCGACCCGAUGGGUCUGACGCCCUCGCAGCCAAACGUCGAGUUUUUCACGACUGAAUGCUAUGGCGGGCCCAAGCACUUUGAUCAGUUCCCUGUGAACGGCAAGCAUGCAUUCUCCAUCAUCGCCGAGCUCUUCGCGCCUCGAUCGCGAGGAACCGUGACGCUGCGAAGUGGGGAUCCCACUGCCGUGCCGGUAGUUGACUGCAACUACCUCUCUGACCCCCUCGAUGUGGAGGUGCUUUCGGAAGCCUGCAGGUUUGGCAACGAAAUCGUCAUGGAAGGUGCUGGAACCAAGGACAUUGUUAAGGGUGCUUGGCCUGCUACUGCCACGCAUGCUGGGUUCAAGACGCGAGAGGACUGGACUCCGUACGUGAGGGACAACGCGACGACAUGUUACCACGCCGCUGGCACUUGUGCCAUGGGCAAGUCGUCCGACCCCAACUCGGUUGUUGACGAGCAGCUCCGUGUCAAGGGCAUCAAGGGCCUCCGAGUUGCCGACUGCAGCAUCAUGCCCACCCUGAACAACGGCCACACGCAGAUGCCAGCGUACGGCAUUGGAGAGAAGGUCGCCGACAUGAUCAAGGCCGCGUGGGCUUAGGAGGCCUCAGAGUUGAACGGGAAAAGGCACAUGUGAAUAAAGCCAUGUGCGGAUCAAGUCGGACAAGAGGCUUAGCUGCAGUCCGCAUCGACGCCAGGUUGCCUCGCCUGAAUAUUCUUGCAGGUGGCUUGCGAGGCGACUGAAUAACACGGCGAGGACGGUACGAAGGAUUUUCGCAGUGCAUACAGUGCGGGUCACAGACCAAUGAUCGUAAACAGUUAAAAAUGGCAAUCUGAGCGCACUUCUUGGCUGCAUUGCGGUGAAACGGGCCUCGUCACCUCGUUGGUCUCAAGAUACAGCGUUGGUUGAGUGUUGAAAGAAGCUAAACUAUCUCCACCUCAGCUAAUGCGGGGGGCUUUGAGCGACGUAACAUAGUGCGGAAGGGUUCCAGCCAAUAGAAAG